GUUGUUAUCGAUCAGAAACAUUCAUACACUAAUCGUCAUGGUUCGGGCUCCGCCCACACGCAGGGUGUUCCAGACUGCAUUGCUUUCUUCAGCCCGUCGGGAGUCAGGUUCAGUUUGGAAACGGUGAGGAGACUGUCAGGUGAACAACUCGUGCAGAUAAAGUUUGCGGCCAUAGGACCCACCACAGCGGAGGCCAUGGCGGCAGAGGGGCUCUCGGUCAGCUGCUCAGCAGACAAACCUACAGCUGAGCACCUCGCCGCAGGGAUAGCAAAGGCUUUACAGUGACAGACUUGACGAGACGGACCCGCAAACCAACCCGAAAAACUUGAUCCGUCCCCCAUCACGUUCUCAUUCAGUCUCUGUGAAAAAAAGGAUUGUGGUAUUGCAUUGUUUGUGAUUUAUUUAUCUCUGUGAAGUAUUUUCUAUUAGUUGUGGGGUUUUAUGUGCUAUUUUGAUCGCGGAUAACCAUCUGUAUAUUUAUUAUAUUGUCAUGUGUUGUUGUGCACCUGCACCACAGAGAUAUUGUAAGGAUUUAUGCCUAUUUGUUGACACUGAAUGUAUCAAAUCAUGCUCUUAUAAACUUGUGAAUACACUGAGCUGAUAGAAGUAUUGUUUUGACGGUAAAAACAUUGAGACAAUUAUUUUAUUGUGCCACACUAGGCAGGUAGCCUAGUGGUUAGUGUCGAAUCCCGAGCUGUCAAGGUGAAUGACUUAAAUGUAAAUGUAAAUGUGAAAAUCUGUCCUUCUGCCCCUGAACAAGGCAGUUAACUCCACUGUUCCCAGGUAGGCCUUCAUUAUAUAUAAUCAUUUAUUCUGACUUGCCUAGUUAAAUAAAGGUUAAAUAAAUAAAUAAAAUAUAUAUUUAAAAAAAAAAUGAGCAUACUUUGAGAAUUGAAAAAGAUUAAUUUAAUUAUAAAAAAUGAAAUAGUGAACAUUGAGAAUUGAACAAGAUUAAUUUAAUUAUAAAAAAUUAAAUAGUGAACAAUUAGUGCACAGCUAUAACAAUAUGUUGAAAUGGUGAUUUAUUGAUUUUUAUUUAUGGCCGUUUUAAAACAAAAACGGAAUAAAUCCAGCUGAGGGGGAGAGACGCGCGCUAUGCGUUCCAAACAGGUGUGUUCCUUCCUGGGCGGGAGUCGCGUGGCUGUUUUCCCGCCCUUUACUGUCCGGGAUGAAAAGCCAACCGUUAAGACCGCUCCGUAUCCAUUAGUAACCAGUAUCCAUUAGUAACCAGGGAAGCGUUAGUCACACCUUUGGCCGACAUUUUAAUUUAGCAGCCGCUUUAUUUAGAGGUGUUUGUUUACCUUUCGCAGCUGAGUGCGCAUUGCGAGUCAUAGGCCAUCUCUAUAGGUCUACUUUAUUGAAGUGUCGAUACUCUGUAAAACUUCAAAGUGUGUCACGUUUUAAAGGGCGUGACUUUGGAAAAGAGCCUUUUACAUUUUGGUUGAGGACUUCAGUGGGUCAUUAUCUCUCUCUCUCUCUCUUCCCCUCGUCAAAACUGACCCGUGUCAAAGACACACCGCAACAAACCACGAUGCUGAUUUUACUCCAGCUGAUAAAUGUAUUGUUGUUGACCAGCAUUGGCUCCACUGAUGCAGAGAAACUCUUCCACAGUCGGGAUCAUUCCGACCUACAGAUCCCCUCCUCUCACCAGGCUGAGCUCAUAACAGACCAGGAUACUGCAGAGCUAUUUCUCUCAAGGUACGGCUUCAUAAGACCGGUGAACUGGGAGGAGCUCCAGUUUGACCAAUCAACAGGCAUUUCUAACGAUGAAAACUUUCCCGGGGUGGAAGACCUAUCUGGGAUACAGGAGGGAGACUCAUCGUUGUCACGUGCAGAGACUGAUGAUGAUGAUGACGAAGACUCUCCAAAUCCCACUGAAAGCCAAGCCUUCAUCUCAGCUCUCAGAGACUUCCAGAUGGUGUCCGGCCUGUCUGUCACAGGGCUGUUUGACGACGCCACCAAGGCUGCCAUGAACAAGCCAAGGUGUGGGGUCCCGGAUAAGGAGACGGAUGAUGCUACUGAGGAAGUACACGACUCCACCAGCUCUGCACUUGGUAUCAACACCGUCACCUGGCUAACUAAGAACACGGACACCUCAGAAUACACUAACAAAACAUUCAGUGGUGUUUUAAAUGGCUCUGCGACUGAUUACCCAGUGGACAAUAACAUAUUCACUGACCUUUCUAAUGGCACUGAUGGAAACUAUACAGAGGUUGACAAUUCAUUCAGUGACAUUUUUAAUAGCACUGUUAGUACCCACAAAGGUGAUAUAUCUGCCAGGAGCACAACAGAAUACUACGACCCAGUCGGUGAUACUCUCAAUGAUUCUGCUAUAAACAACACAGAGAAUAACAGCAAUACACACAGUCACACAGGGAACGACCCGACCACUGCUACUGACAGACCUCAUCAGAGCCCUCCUCCUACCACUGCUACUGACAGACCUCAUCAGAGCCCUCCUCCUACCACUGCUACUGACAGACCUCAUCAGAGCCCUCCCCCUACCACUGCUACUGACAGACCUCAUCAAAGCCCUCCUCCUACCACUGCUACUGACAGACCUCAUCAGAGCCCUCCUCCUACCACUGCUACUGACAGACCUCAUCAGAGCCCUCCCCCUACCACUGCUACUGACAGACCUCAUCAAAGCCCUCCUCCUACCACUGCUACUGAGAGACCUCAUCAGAGCCCUCCUCCUACCACUGCUACUGACAGACCUCAUCAGAGCCCUCCUCCUACCAGUUCUACUGAAAGACCUCAUCAGAGGCCUCCUACCACUGCUACUGACAGACCUCAUCAGAGCCCUCCUCCUACCACUGCUACUGACAGACCUCAUCAGAGCCCUCCUCCUACCACUGCUACUGACAGACCUCAUCAGAGGCCUCCUCCUACCACUGCUACUGACAGACCUCAUCAGAGCCCUCCUCCUACCACUGCUACUGACAGACCUCAUCAGAGCCCUCCUCCUACCACUGCUACUGACAGACCUCAUCAGAGGCCUCCUCCUACCACUGCUACUGACAGACCUCAUCAGAGCCCUCCCCUACCACUCCUGAGAGACCACUGCCCUCCUCCUACCACUACUGACAGACCUCAUCAGAGCCCUCCUCCUACCACUGCUACUGACAGACCUCAUCAGAGCCUCCUCCUACCACUGCUACUGACAGACCUCAUCAGAGCCCUCCUCCUACCACUGCUACUGACAGACCUCAUCAGAGCCCUCCUCCUACCACUGCUACUGACAGACCUCAUCAGAGCCCUCCUCCUACCACUGCUACUGACAGACCUCAUCCUCAUCGGAGCCCUCCUCCUACCACUGCUACUGACAGACCUCAUCAGCAUCAGAACCGCGUGGCCUCACUGCUGUCCAAGCGGAGGCAGAAGAGACAUGUGGGGAGACGUGCAUGGGGAAACAUGGCAUUCUCCAAAAUGGUGCUGA